CCGGAACCAUUUGCACAGAUCGUUGUUACUUGUGCCAGUGUACGGUUGUAGUCCUCGGUUCGUCGUCCUACUUCCAAGGUUCACGGGAAGAAAUUACGCAAGGCAGGCAGGUGGCGCCAAAAGGCUCAGUUUCAGUCAGUUUCAGCUAGGAAAUCGAACCGAACACGACCAUGAUGUCUUCGCUGCAGUCCGUGCUUCUCGUUAGCUUACUGCUGGUGGUUGCAGUUUUCGUCAACAAGGGUGAUGCCAUCCGUUGCUUCGAAUGCAACAGCGCGGAGGACUCGACCUGCUCGCACAAUAACCCCCCGGACACGAUGUCGGUCGAUUGUAACGACCACAAGGACGGCAACAAGUACACCUUCUGCCGGAAGAUCGUCCAGAUCAUCGAGUUCCCGGUCAACAAUCUUCCCCCGGACAACCGAGUGAUCCGUGGAUGCGGCUGGGACGAGUCCUCGUACAUGGGCAAAUGCUACCAGCGCUCCGGAUUCGGAGGCCGCCAGGAGGUGUGCGCUUGCUAUGACGACAAUUGCAACGGUGCAUCCUCACUGUCCGUCACCUUCGGUGUCCUGCUGUUCGGUGCAAUCGCUUUCCUGAUUCGUGCUUAAUUUAAUCAACGGCUCCAUCCGGCCCACAUCCACCGAUGGUAGUGGAGGUUUCGAUUGUUUGUUCGCCUGAUUUGCCUCCCGGUGGUUUCGAAUUGCACCGGCGUUUUUGGGAAGAGGCCACCAUUUCCGUCACAACUGUGUCCGGUACCAAACAGUGAUGUGGACAGCGGUGUUUUUCCGUUGUCAUCGGAAAACCCUUCAUUUUUCUGCGUGUCCCAUCUGAAUUUCUAUCACAUUUCAACCUUGAAUAAGCUGCCACUUCCGGUGGAUUUCCAUGGGAAAGGAUGCGUUAGGCGGGAGAUGUGCUCAACGGCGUAUCGAUCUCGUACGUGGCACUUGGCAGAAUGAUUUCGUUUCGAGAUGCAGUGAUCGAGUCGCAACCAAGGACGGCUGGAUCUAAUACAAUUUUGAUACAACUUGAUGCUGGUUGGCAUUUUUCUAAAGGAGAUAAUUAAACUUUAUAUUAUGUUAAGAUAACUUGUUAGCAGCCACCGUGCUGAUUAGCAUAGGAACUGUGCAGAUGUGAGUGUUCAGCAGAGCAGAAGUAGAUUUAAAAUUGGUUGAAAUUCAGCAAGCUUAACGCCGGACAUAAACGUAUCCGUUUCUGUUUAAACGAAUCAGAUAAAACACAUCUCAAUACAACUAAAUAGACAUAAAACCGGCUCUCUUGACGCAUAAGAGGUCGGUGUAGAUAAAAAAAAAACAACACGAUUAAGUAACAAAACUCAACUAAGCUGCCAGAACCGCUUCGACACCACCAGUCACGGCUUGCGUGUAGAUUUCGGCUCUUCGGUCUUGGGUGGAUCGAAAGGAGGAAAAAGUUUUACUACCCUUUCAUACUGUUUCCCCAUAUCUCCUUUCUCCCCGUCCCUCCUGACCACUCUCAAGCUCAAGAGGUUGCUGUUUGGGGUGGCGGUACAGCGUCAUUUUAACUUAACAUACAAUCGCACGAAACGUGAUGGCGUCGCCAACACGCAUGAGUACUGCAGGACGAGUGGGGUAAAAGACGUUAAAUAAAAUAGAAGAGAAAACCUAAAUGAAAUCUCGAUAUCUAAUUUUUGUAGCGCGUAGUUGUUAUCUAGUUCUCUGAAGGUAAACACUCCAACACGGUACUGUUUCACGCAAAUAAGCGCAGAGCGGGGCCAGGCGAUGCUAAAAACACCGGCGAGUAGAGUGGAUUGCAGAAAAUUUAGUUGCAAAAGGUUCAAAAGCAAAGGUGAACACGAUUAAGUAUAGCUAUACACAUAAGCAGAUGAUUAUUCGUUUAUUUUGAAAAUGUAUUGCCGCGACAGGGUUGGUUUUGUUUCUAGUUUAACGCGUAUUUCCAGCAUGCGGGAUUUUCACUCGAGCGGCGAACAUUCGAUGAAAGCAAAUGCGUCGCAGCGUUUUCCGAGUGCUUCGGUAUAGAUUUUGCAAAAGUUAUAAGUCUACACAACAUAAUAAAAUUUAUCAAUUGAUUCUUCGGCAUUGGGUUACCAGUUACGAUGUAUUUUCUUUAUUUCGGUCCUUGUGAUGUUUUCUGUUUGAUUUACUUACCCAUCGAUAUUUUACUCAGAGAAUUCGUUCCAUACGUUUAACAGUUAUACCGAAGCGAAUAUCCCCUUACGAUUUAGGCGUGCCCCAUAUAAUAGAUUAGCUAUUUGAUAUAACACAAUCUAACAACCCGAUAGAGAGCGUAUAGCUUAAUACCCUUCGUUUGCCAUAUAUUUUUACCUACAAAUAAAUAAACGAAACUAAGCGACGAGUUCACCAAUGUUUCCAAAUACUGCCGGCUGGUAGCGACCAAAAGCACCAAACGUUUAAAAACGAAUUAAGCUCUAGCAUAACAGCCAACAUGCGUUGUAUUCAAAUGAGCGGGCGUUCGCAAUAGAUAUGAAUUGUGAUACCGAAUUUUGUUACUCGACAUCGCAAUGCCCCAGAAUCACAGAGACACAAUAAAAAUUGCAGCUACUCCCGAA